AUGUCGGAGACUGGGUCACGCUCUCCGGUCCCUCCCCCCCCGCCGCCUCCGACCCAGAAGUAUUCGCAUCGGGCUGCCAACGCGCUCGCCCGUUUCGCGCCCUUCUUCGGGUCGAGACCUCCGAGUCCGCAGAGUAGCCGCCUCGAUGGCCCCCGGUCCAUCAGGUCAAAAUCGCUACCCGGUGAACCGCAGACCGUCACUCACCGUACGGGCAUCCCCAUCCUUGCCCUGGAUAUCUCACCGGAGCGCACCCACGCCGUGAUUGGAGGCAAGGAUAUCCUCAAAACAAUCCGGGUCUCGCCUGAUCACUCCUCGGAGGAAUUUAAUAUUCGCAAUACGGUUAUCAGUUAUGCAUCUACCCACCAUGAUGCGGGCGUCUCGAUGCCACACAAGGACCAGUUGAAUGUCAGAGACGUCAAGUGGUCACAUAGUAAUUAUGACCGGAUAAUCGCAACCGCGGUCGCCAACGGCCGGAUUGUCGUCUACGACUUGCAGCGGCCCGGCCUCCAAUUAUGUCGCUUCCAGGGCCACAACCGCCAGGUUCACAGACUGGCCUUCAAUCCUCACCUCGCAUCUUGGCUACUGUCCGGCAGCCAAGAUGGCACCAUCCGUAUGUGGGAUCUGCGAUCGGCUUCUGCGAAUCGGGGUCUUUCUACCUGCGGCAGCAAGCAUGUGUACCAUGGCAAUAGCGAUGCCAUCCGAGACGUCCGGUGGUCUCCCACCGACGGUGUCGUGUUUGCGACUGCCUCAGACAGUGGUGCCAUUCAGAUGUGGGAUUCGCGCAAGACCAACGCCCCUCUAAUGAGGAUUGCGGCUCACGACCGUCCCUGUUUCGCAGUCGACUGGCAUCCGGACGGGAAACACAUAGUCAGCGGUGGUACGGACCGGCAGGUCAAAGUCUGGGAUUUCUCCUCAUCUGCGGAACGACGGCAGAAACCUGCAUUUCAAUUCCGAACUCCCCAAGCUGUUACCAACGUCCGGUGGCGACCACCAUCAUGGGUGGGCAACUCGCCCUCCUCGGGAGAAUGGCAGUCGUCUCAGGUAGUGACAUCCUAUGACAAAGAUGAUCCGCGGAUUCAAUUAUGGGACCUCCACCGCCCACACGUGCCUUUUCGUGAGUUUGAUCGUUACGAUUCCCCAGCUGCCGAUCUGCUGUGGCACUCCAAGGACCUGCUGUGGACAGUCGGUGAGGUAGGGGCUUUUACGCAGACGGAUCUCCGAUAUGCCUCCACGGUAGUCAAGCGUCGGCCGAUGUGUUCGGUGGCUUGGAGCCCAAAUGGCGAGUUCGUGGCGUUCGCCCAGCCGCGACCAAGGCGGCGCCCACUAGGCGUCAGCACCACCGAAUUCCUCCACCACGACGAGGACCAGGCCAGCACCGGUCACAGAUCGUUAAGCCACAGUCCGCCGGACGACAUCCUUGAUGAUGAGGCUCUGGCUUCGUCGCUCCGGCAUCCCCAAACCAAGUCCACUACGGUACGGGCAUCAAAAUCCCUGGGCAAUACCCCUCCGGGCGGAAUGAAUGUCAUUCCGGUGCUUCCAUUGGAGCAAGCUUUGACCAAAAGCUCGACUACGGUCCCUAGUCAGUUGGGCGCAAUUGGGACGAUUCCUGGUGCCACAUAUGAUGCAUCUCUCUUCCGAUUCUUGGCGGGGCAGUAUUCACCUAUGAUGGAUGAACGCCCGGGCAGACGAGGUCACGUCGAGGUUCUGAACUCGUUGAUGGAAUCUCUAGACCAUAAUGCUGAGCGGGCAGACGAUGUCUCCUUACCUAAGCUGGCUCAAACCUGGCGGAUUGUCAAAUUUUCGAUCCUCCAAGAGCUUCAAAGCAGGUCGCGAGAGCAGUCUGCAGGCAAGGGUGGUGUGAAGGGCAAGUCUUCUAAGGAUGGACUGCUCAACGAUAAGUCUAGGGCAGACGAAAAUCGCCAAGGAAAGGUGAAAAGUCGAUUGUUUAAGGGUGUUAUGGAGACAGAAGGUCCAAGAAGUCGAGUCCCGGAAGAAAGCACGUCGAACAUGACAACUCCGCUUGCACAGCCAUUGCCUGAUUCUCCAGAUGACUCAUGGACUAGUUCUGACUCUCAAAUGCCUUCGUUACUUGAGAAUGCCGUCGAUCUUGACCCUCUUCCUCCAUCAGUUUUGAGCUCCCACAAUGGCUGGGGCAUGUCCGGCCCUGAUGCUAGUCGCGUCUCAUCGUUACCACAAGAGCAAUUUGUGUCUAGUCACGAUAUAAACCUUGUCGGGGAGCCCGUGACAGGCCUCCUACCAGAACCGUUCGAGUCGGAUCCGGAUACUGAUCAGCGAUCUGCACCUCGCGCGAUUGCCGGCAGGGCAGACUGGCGCCUUCGUGGCCGUCCAGACCUUCCUCAGGAAGCCUCCGAGGAUGACUACGACCAGAAAUUAGAAGACAAGCGAGCGGCGAUUCGGGACUUCAAACAACAUCCCAAGAAACCCUUGAUCCUCGAAUCAACGAUAGAAUCCAACCGUCCUCCCACACUAGAGCGCUAUAGCCGGCACGACUCUUCUGAGAGCUUUCCAAUGUUCUCUGCAUCCACGGAUAGCUCGCAUCCAUCCAAAUCCGUAGGCGCCUCUUACUCCUCGAGUGGGAGAUAUCCCGAACGCCGUUUCUCGGAUGCCAACCAAGCACGUGGUCGACCGAGUAAUGUGGUCCGAAGGGAAUCUAGCCUGGAACCUGCCGCAGAAGAGCCCGAAGAUGACAUGGAUAUUGAUGAGUCUACUCUUGAAGAGGAACGGAAGCAUCUUGAACGUCCGUUGAGCCCUCCGGAAUUGUUGACAGAGUCGACCCCGCUUGAACAGCCGGGCUCAGAAGAUACCUUUCCGUCUAAGAAUACGCCUCUGGCGUCCACCGCUGCUUAUUCGGCAAUGGCAGGAAUUUACGAAAAUCUCUCCCAAGUCGAGAUUCCUCUCGUCGCCAAUUCAUCCGAUUUAAAGCCAUGGAGUAUCGAGGCGAUCUUGAAAGAGGCAGUGCGCUAUUAUCACAGCAGCAGCAGCUCUGUCGAUAUUCAGACAGCGGCGCAUUUACUGCAGAAGCUUCACGUGCUCUUCCAGGGCUGUGAGCAGAUCCUUCCCUACGAAGAGUGCGAGAUGAUUUUCAAGUCCUACAACGAAUGCCUAAUUCGGCACACAAUGGACUUAGAAGCUGCAGAGCUUCGCCUAUCCUGCGUGCCAACUUACCCAGGUGUCUACGAUUACGCACAGGCAGACACCUUCAUCAAUGUAUUCUGCUAUACCUGCCAAAGACCAUACGAGAACCCAAUGCGCGACAACUCUCGCUGCCACCGCUGCGACACCCCACAAGCACCAUGCUCCAUCUGCAUGAGCAUUGACCCUCCAGCUGAAUGGGCUGCCGCCACCCAGAUGCAGUCACAGUCUGGAUCAACCGGCAGCUUAAGCCCCGACCCAGACGCUGAGACCAUUUCCCACCUUUCUUCCCGAUCCUCAGUCCCUACUGAACCAAUCCCUCCUGUCGAGCUUGACAGCCUGGACUCAUUCAGCGCACCCCGUCCUCAAGGCUCUGCCCUCUGGGCCUGGUGCCAGGGAUGUGGCCAUGGCGGCCACAUGGCCUGCAUCACCACCUGGCUGGGCGAUCUCUCCAUUAGUGAAGGAGGCUGCGCCACACCAGGCUGCUCACAUGACUGCGGUCCUGGUCCGCGGCGCGAAUUCAACCGUCAGGCCCUUCUAACCGAAUCUAAACACCGCGACUCGGCCAGCCGCACGUCCGGCACUGGCCUUGUCAAGCGCGACCCGUGGACCAAGGGUGAAAGCAAGGCCGUGGAGAAGGUUCGCGGGAUGCUCGGAGGUGUUGUUGCCGCGACUGGUGGUAGCGGUGCCGGAUCUAAUGCUUCUACGGUCAGCUCUGCGGGUGGUCAGGGCCAGAUUUCUCCUGGGGCAGUCUCGCCUAAGAAGGUCAGGCUGGUUACACCGGGUGAGCAGAGUAAAGGCAGGGGUCCUACUAGCCGGUCGAACAUUGCACCGCAGGAAUAG